CCCUUUUUCCUUCUCAGUGUUACGGCCAUCUCUGGUGGCUCUAAUGACCUGAGUAUUCGCAAUGACGCCGACAAUAUCAAUUAUUUGAUAAAGGCUCGCGAUUAUGACCUCGAAAUUAAGCCCCGCGAAGAGACCGAUGCGUUCAUUCGCUCCAUCAGCGAGCCCAAUGAACCACACAUAGAAGCCCGGAAGCUCGGCGGCCUCCUCAAGAAGGUCGCUGCCCCAGCAAAGAAGGCUGCUGCCGCCAAAGCUACUCCCAAGAAGGCUGCCCCAAAGAAGGCUGCUUCUAAAAAGGCCGCUCCAAAGAAGGCUGCUCCCAAGAAAGCCGCUCCCAAGAAAGCUACUCCUAAGAAGGCUGCCCCAAAGAAGGCUGCUUCUAAGAAGGCCGCUCCCAAAAAGGCUGCUCCAAAGAAGGCUGCUCCAAAGAAGGCUGCUCCAAAGAAGGCUGCUCCAAAGAAGGCCGCUCCUAAAAAAGCUACUCCUAAGAAGGCUUCUAAGAAGGCUGCUUCUAAGAAAGCUACACUAAAGAAGCCUGCUGCUAAGGGUAAAGCUGCUUCUAAAAAGCCUGGUCCCAAGGGAGCUAAGAAAGCUGGUCCUAAGAAAACCACAUCAAAGAAGGCUGUUCCUAAGAAGGCUGCUUCUAAGAAGGCUGCUUCCAAGGGAGCCAAGAAGGCUGCUCCCAAGAAAGCUGCUUCUAAGAAAGCUGCUUCUAAGGGGGCUAAGAAAGCUGGUCCUAAGAAAGCUACACCAAAGAAGGCUAUACCCAAGAAGCCUGCUGCUAAGGGUAAAGCUGGUCCUAAGGGAGCUAAAAGUAAAGCUGCUUCUAAAAAGCCUGGUCCCAAGGGAGCCAAGAAGGCUGCUUCUAAGAAAACCACACCAAAGAAAGCUGGCUCUAAGAAAGCUACACCUAAGAAGCCUGUUGCCAAGGGUAAAGCUGGUGCCAAGGGAGCUAAGAGCAAAACUGCUUCUAAAAAGCCUGGUGUCAAGGGAGCCAAGAAGGCCACUCCCAUAAAAGCUGGUUCUAAGAAGGCUAUGCCUAAGAAGCACGCUGCUAAGGGUAAAGCUGGUGCCAAGGGAACCAGUAAAUCUGGUUCUAAAGGAGCCAAUGGAAAGGCUGCUUCUAAGAAGACCGGCCCCAAGAAAACUGGCUCCAAAGGCAAGGCUGCAGGCAAGGGACAUAAGGGAAAAGCUACUGGGAAAGGCAAAGCAUCUUCCAAGAAGUCCGGCGUAAAGAAAACCGGCACUAAUGGAAUCAAGGGAAAAGCUGCUUCCAAAGGAAAAUCUGGUCCUAGGAAGGCUGGAGCAAAUGGUGCCAAGGGCAAACCUGCUGGCAAGGGCAAAGCUAUUUCUAAGAAACUUGGAAAUGGUAAGAAGGGUGGCAAAAAUACCAAGAACACAGCAAGCCGCAACAAGGCCGUUAAAGGCUCCAAGGCUGGCAAAGUCCCCAAGGCUGGUAAGGGAUCCAAGGCUGCUAGCCGCAACAAGGCUGCCAACCGCAAUAAGACUAGCAGCCGCAACAAGGCUGGCAAAGGUACCAAGGCUGGUCAAAGAGCCAAGAAUACCAACCGCAACAAGGUCGGCAAGGGAUCUAAAGCCAGCAACCGAAAUAAGGCUGGUAAGGGAGUUAAGAAUACAAAUCGCAACAAGACUGGCAAGGGAGCUAAAGCUAGUAAGGGAGCCAAGACUACCAACCGCAAUAAGACCAGCGACCGUAACAAGGCGGGCAAAGGUAUUAAGGCUGGUAAUAGAUCCAAGACUGGCAACCGCAAUAAGACUGUCAAGGGACCCAAGGCUGGCAAGGGAGUCAAGAGUGGGAAUCGCAACAAGGUCGGCAAGGGAUCCAAAGCCAGAAACCAAAACAAGGCUGGUAAGGGGCCCAAGGCUGCCAACCACAACAAGGCCAACAAGGGAGCCAAAGCUGGUAAGGGAUCCAAGGCUGGCAAGGGAGUCAAGAGUACGAAUCGCAACAAGACUGGCAAAGGUAUCAAGGCUGGUAACGGACCCAAGGCUGCCAGCCGCAACAAGAAUGCCAACCGCAAAAAGACUGCCAACCGCAAAAAGACUGUCAACCGCAACAAAACUGGCAAAGGUAAUAAGGCUGGUAAGGGAGCCAAGAAUGGCAAGGCAGUCAAGAAUGCCAACCCUGAUAAGGCCGGCAAGAGCGUUGGUAACAAGGGAGCAAAUGGUGAGGCCCAGGAGGCUGCACCAAGUUGCUCGAUCAGACGGCGGUCCUCAUCAGGCGAGGUCAUCCUGGAUCCCCGAUGUUCCGGGUCGUCAAGCGAAAGCGACCAAAUUGUCCCGCCACUCAAGGAAGUCACGAAAGAGUCCCAGACGGACUUGGGUGAGGGUGUUCACCUAGCGGAGAAUGAGUACACAAAGGAGGUUGAGCAAGGCAAGCAGGUAAUUAUGCCUUACAUGAGUGGGUGCACUGGUACAUCAUGCAAAAAUGAAGAUGGUACAAUCAUAGGUGCCGCCCACGCGAUGGCCAACCAAGAGAAGCCGGUGGUAGAAAAGCUCAUUGAUAAGGUUGGGCCAAAAAACAUCCAUUCAAUGGACGUUGUGACACACGAUACUGCGGCUGGGGAUGGGCGAAAAUCCAAUGUUGACGCUGCCAUUGCCAACAAGUUCCCCAACAGGGUGAACGACAACAAACCAGAGGUCAACCAUGGAAAAUAUGCUACCUCAGAGACUCACAACAGAGCGCAUCUAAAGAUGACUUCUGGUGAAGAAGGUGUCGAAAAAAUCCCAGGCACCGAGGACCGAGAAGCCAACGCGCCAACUAAACCAACCUUCAGUAAUCCCGAGGCACCGGUUAAACCAAUCGCCGGAUCGUACGCAGAGACGAGGGCAAGAAUGGCAGAGAUGAAGAGAUUGAAGAAGGAGAAGGAAGAUGCAGAGGCAGCGGCAAAGAAAGGCGACAGC